AUGUAUGUUCCCGGGUUUGGAGAAGCUUCACCGGAGGCUAAAGCAGCGAAGCAUCUUCAUGACUUUUUUACUUAUGUUGCAGUGAGGAUAGUGUCUGCUCAGCUUGAGAGUUAUAAUCCUGAGGCGUAUAUGGAGUUAAGAGAAUUUUUAGACACAAACUCUGUAAGUGAUGGCGAUAAGUUUUGUGCUGCUCUCAUGCGUCGAUCUUCACGUCACAUGAACUUAGCCCUUCGAAUUUUAGAGGUACGGUCUGCAUAUUGUAAGAACGAUUUUGAAUGGGACAAUUUGAAGCGCCUCUCCUUCAAGAAUGUGGAUGGAUUCAACACAAAACUCAUGCGAGAAUACGUUUUAGAGACUAGCCAUGUCGAAAAACCCGAUUCGGAUAAGUGA